AUGUUCCCAAGAAAGCUCACCCAUGGCGAUUAUACUGUCGGCUGGGUUUGUGUGCUGGAGGCUGAGUUCGAUGCGGCAAGAGCAUUGCUAGAUGAAGAGGAUGAGCCGUUACAGCCAGGGUUGAACGAUGAUAAUCUUUAUCUUCUUGGACGGUUGGGAAAACACAAUGUUGUCAUCACAUGUCCCGAAUCUUACGGUACAAGCCCGGCAGCUCAGACGGUUAACAAUAUGAUGCGAACGUUUCCCAGAAUCCGGUUUGGCUUGAUGGUAGGAGUCGGGGGUGGUGCACCGAAAAGCCCGCAUUCCAAAGAUCCGAAAAAAGACAUUCGGCUAGGGGAUGUAGUAGUGAGUGAACCUCAUGGAGAUCACAGUGGCGUUAUUCAAUACGAUAUGGGAAAAAUGAAGGACGACAAUGAAUUCCUGAUUCAGUCACAUAUGAACAAACCCCCAGCAAUUCUGUUGAAGGCCUUGAAGCAAGUCAAGUCAGACCAUCGAUUCAAGAAGAGCAAAAUGCAGGACUAUGUGUUGGAAGUCAUGGAUAAAAUGAAAGAUUUACCGGAAUUUGAAGACUUCGAAUUCCCAGGUCGACGGCAAGAUCUUUUAUUCAAGGCGGACUAUCGUCAUGCGAAAGGAGAAGACUGCCAAAACUGUGAUAUUCAACAAACCCAGAGUAGGGUCGAUCGUAUGUCCGAAAAUCCCGUCAUUCAUUACGGUUUGAUCGCCUCGGGAAAUGCUGUCAUGAGAUCUGCGCAACGUCGAGACGAGUUACGCGAUGCCCAUGACGUGUUGUGCUUCGAAAUGGAGGCAGCAGGUUUGAUGAAUCAUUUCCCAUGCAUUGUGAUCCGUGGAAUUUGUGACUAUUCAGAUGGUCACAAAAGCAAACUGUGGCAACCAUAUGCUGCAAUUGUUGCUGCUGCUUAUGCGAAAGACCUUCUUAGAGUUACCAACCCAGGGGAGGUUGUGAACUUAGAGCUGGCUGCUGAUGUUGUGAAAAAUUUCACCGAGACCCUGUCAAAUGUGGAGAUCAAUGUUUCUAAGAUAAGGAAGACGGGAGAGAAUGAUCUCAAGCAUGAAAUUCUCCAAUGGCUAACCCCAGUCGACUACGGUCUACAGCAAAGUGAGCUCCUUGCUCGCCGAGAAGUAGGAACAGGGCGGUGGCUACUGGAGUCGACGGAGUUCCAAGAAUGGCUCAGAGAAAGCAAACAAACAUUAUUUUGCCCAGGUAUACCAGGUGCGGGCAAGACAUUCAUGACUUCUAUUGUCAUCGACCACUUGGACUCCACUCAUGGAAACUGUCCAGAUGUUGGCAUAGCAUAUGUUUAUUGUAGCUAUCGAUCUCAGUUACAAAAAACAUCCACAGAUGUGUUUCUGAGUCUCCUGAUGCAACUCACAAGAGGCCGACAAGAACUUCCCUCAGAAAUUCGAAAACUCUAUACAUAUCAUAUCAUGAAAGGGACCCGACCAACCAUGACUGAGGUGACAGACCUAUUGAUUUUGGUCAAUAACUUAUAUUCCCGAUCCAUUAUCCUGAUUGAUGCCUUGGAUGAGUUUUACACUUCGAAUUCUGAGAUCGAUAUGCUCCUCACUGAGUUAUUCCGCGUCCAAAAAAGCACCGCACUGAAUCUGUUUGCAACUUCUCGAAACAUACAAAAUGUCACGUCACAUUUUGAAGACUGCAUAUUGAAAGAGAUCAGUGCUCAAAAUGACGACAUCCUACGCUUCGUUGAUGGCCAGAUACCUCGGCUUCGCCUUCCGCAACUGUCAAAAUACCCAGCCGUCCAGGAUUCAAUCCGGCAUACUAUUAUCGAAUCAGCCGGUGGAAUGUUUCUCCUUGCAAACCUGCAUAUGCAAUCCCUUCUGGGUCAACCGACCAUAGGGCAUCUUGAGAUAGCACUGAAGAAUCUACCCUCCGGAGAAUCACGGCUGGACGAUACCUACAACAAAGUAGUAGAACGGAUAGAAAGCCAGCAUGAAGGUCAUAAGGACCUCGCCAGACGGAUUCUGACUUGGUUAACGUACAGCAAGAGAGCACUUUCGCUUCUAGAGAUACAACAUGCUCUUGCUGUCAGAAAAGGAGCUUCGGAUUUUGAUGAAAAGUUUAUUGCGGAUGCAGGCACCCUUGGCUCUGUGUGCGCUGGAUUGAUCAUAGUGGACCAAAAAAAUGGGACCAUUGAUUUCAUACAUUACACAACCAAGGAGUUCUUCGGGCGCGCACCUCAAUAUACAGAAGCGAAGGCCGAGAUCUCAGCCACCUGUCUCACAUACCUUUCGCUCGAAGCUUUCAAUGAUGGUUUCUGCUUGAAUGAUGCCAGUUUCGAUUCAAGGAUACAGAAAUAUCCAUUUUACAACUAUGCGGCACGAUACUGGGGGUAUCAUGCCGAAGAAUUGCCUGGGGAGCCAGAAAAUUUGAUGCUUGAGUUUCUCAGCAACGAGGCUAAAGUAUCUGGAUCGUAUCAAGCAAUGAUGAUGGAAAUUUACUAUUAUCUUCCUUUCACAUAUAGUCAAGCAGUGCCAAGGCAUAUGACAGGUGCACACCUUGUGACGCAUUUCAACUUGAUGAAGGUCAUGAUCACUUUACUUUUGAAAGGACAUGACAUGGACUCAGUGGGUUUCCUUGGACGAACACCUCUGUCAUUGGCUGCAGAGAACGGACAUGUGAGAUUGGUAUUGUUGUUACUCACAACAGAUAAAGUGGAUGCAGAUUCCCAAGACCGGGAGGGGCGGACGCCCCUGUCUUGGGCCGCCGAAAAGGGACACAAGGAUGUCAUUGUUUUACUCCUUGCAACUGGCAGAGUCGACCCUGACUCCAGGGAUAAGAUGGGACGGACGCCAUUGUUAUGGGCAGUAAAACAGGGCCAUGAAGCUGUGGCGUGGCUUCUGCUCAGCAAUAAACGAGUCAAUCCGAACUCAAAGUCAGUGCGACUGAAUUGGACUUCUCCUCUGUCAUUGGCAGCAGAGAAUGGCCUUGUGACCGUGGUGUGGCUGCUGCUUAAAAAUGACCAGGUCGAAAUUGACCCCAGGGAUAAGCUUGGACAGACACCGCUGUCGUUGGCAGCAAGAAGAGUUCAUCUUGAAGUGGUCCAACUGCUACUAGACCGAGGUGCCGACCCAAAUUCUGCUGAUGAGCAUGGACAGACUCUCGUCUUUAGAGCAGCAGAAUAUGGCCGUCUUACAGUAGUACAACUACUACUAGACCGAGGUGGAGACAUAAAUGCUGCUGAUAAUGAUAGACGGACUCCAGUCUAUAUAGCAGUAGAAAGAGGUUAUCUUGGAGUAGUCCAACUGCUACUAGACCGAGGCGCAGACCCAAAUACUGCCCACAAAAGUGGAGAGACUCCACUAGAUAUAGCAAUAAUGCGCGGCAAUCCUACAAUGGUCCAACUACUACUAGACCGAGGUGCCGACCCAAAUUCUGCUGAUGAGCAUGGACAGACUCUCGUCUUUAGAGCAGCAGAAUAUGGCCGUCUUACAGUAGUACAACUACUACUAGACCGAGGUGGAGACAUAAAUGCUGCUGAUAAUGAUAGACGGACUCCAGUCUAUAUAGCAGUAGAAUGUGGCCAUCUUGAAGUGGUCCGACUGCUACUAGACCGAGGUGCCUACCCAAAUCCUGCUGAUUACAAUGGGUGGUCUCUAGUCCAUAUAGCAGCAGAAUGUGGCCAUUUUGAAGUGGUCCGACUGCUACUAGACCGAGGUGCCUACCCAAAUCCUGCUAAUUACAAUGGGUGGUCUCUAGUCCAUAUAGCAGCAGAAUGUGGCCAUCUUGAAGUGGUCCGACUGCUACUAGACCAAGGUGCCCACCUGAAUACUGCUGAUUACAACGGGUGGUCUCCAGUCCAUACAGCAGCAGCGCAUGGCCAUCUUGAAGUGGUCCGACUGCUACUAGACCGAGGUGCCUACCUGAAUACUGCUGAUUACAACGGGUGGUCUCCAGUCCAUACAGCAGCAGCGCAUGGCCAUCUUGAAGUGGUCCGACUGCUACUAGACCGAGGUGCCCACCUGAAUACUGCUAAUAACGAUGGGUUAUCUCCAGUCCAUUUAGCAGCAGAAUGUGGCAAUCUUGAAGUGGUCCAACUGCUAAUUGAUAGAGGUGCAGAUCUGUAUGCUAAGAGCGGACGGACAGCAAUCGACAUUGCAGCAGACAAUGACCAUCUUGAAGUGGUUGAACUUCUCCAGGAUAAACUCGCAAUUUGGUCAUCAGCAAGAGUGGCUCUUUUUGGUGAAGAUGAAUAA